AUGGAUGACAAGGGAGUUCGUCCUAAUGCUAUUACUUAUACAACAUUAAUUAGUGGAUACUGCAAAUCGGGUAAUAUAGAUAAGGCUAUGGAAUAUGUAGGCCGAAUGAAGGCAAAGGGUUGUACCGCCAACAUCACAACUUACACUACCUUGAUACAUGCUAACUUUAAAAAGUGUGACUGGGGGGAGGCCGAGAAGAUUUUAAGCGAGAUGCUUAGGAGUGACUACACACCUGAUCUUGUAACAUACAACAUCUUCAUAUAUGGUAUGUGUAAAGAAGGGAAACUGCAGAAAACUACCAGGGUGGUUGAUGAGAUGUUUGACAAUGGUUUCCCUCCUGAUGUUUUUAUGUACAGCACUGUGAUUCAUGCUUUGUGCAAGGGAGGCAAUAUGGACGAGUUAUCGUUACCUGGGAGCUGA